AAGAAGAUCGUCGCGAGUAAACGUUGCUCGUACGCCGUCGAAUUCGAUUUUCAAACGUUAUUUAUUUUAAAAAAUAAAAUGUAUUUAUAAUUUUAAAUCCGGCCGGUGUUAUUACAUUUUUAUUGCUUGAGUAUAUUUUUUUUGUGAUAGCAACACUGAAAUUCAAAUGAGGCUGAGUGGUUACGUGGUUGUUUAAAUUUUAUCGUAAAUUGUGUGAUAAAUAUUCUUUAAGAUAACAGUAAUUAAUUAUCGGCUUAGCUUACCGUACGUGUGUUCCUAAUUAUUAUUGUGAUUAAUAAAAAGGACUUGGAAGGAGAAAACUUAAAAUAAUUACGACAUUUUGAGGAUACAAAAAUGGCCAAGUUAACGAUACUCCUAGCAUUAUGCCAAAUUAUAACCCUGCCGAUUUUAGGAGGUAACACCCAGAGUAGUCCUCUUGAAGACAUGGUAUCCUCCUUCAUGCAGCAAGUCGGUGACUCUUCCCAGGGUAAUAAUAUGCCCGGGUUGAUAGGCCAGUUGGUGGGUACGUUCAUGCAAGGAGACAACAUGAAGAAUUUGGGCUCUCUACUUGCCCAGGCAAGUGGUGGAAGGGAUAAUAACGCGGGGGAUAUUUUAUCGGGACUCGGCAGUCUCCUUGGAGGGCAAAACGGCCAAAUUGAUCCCUCUCUUGUGGGCAAUGUGGUUUCCAUGUUCGCCCAACAGAUGGCCCAACAACAGCCAACACAGAGGCAGAAACGACAAUCAGACAACGACAUAAACCUUGAAGGUCUAUUAAGCUUGGCUUCAGGGUUCAUGGGAGGUCAGAACCAGAACGGUGCGUCAGUUCUGCCAAUGAUUAUGAACGCUCUCGGGUCCUUGUCAAACCCUGAGGCUAACAAGCGCGCAGAAGACCACAAAGACCACGCAGACUUCCUGCCCCCAUUCUUAGAAAAGGCCCACCUGUAUUGGGACCUGUUCAUCAAUUCGGAGCUAGGGAAAGCUGUGUGGGAAAAAUCUGGUAUGAAACGGGUUCUGAAGGCCUUUACUGGACCUGACGGGAAGAUCAGCUUCGACCUUAUGUUCAAGAACUUUGAGAACCAGUCCUUCAGAAGGCACUGGAUCAAGGCAGCAGCAGCAUAUUUGACUGAUAUGGUGGUGCAUAUCGCCAAGCCUGAAGUUUAUCAAAGAUACCUAACAUCAAGCCAGUACAUCAUCAACAGUUUCCUAGACGCCCAGGGCCUCCCGAAGACCACCCACUUCAACGCCAAGAAGCCUGAGAAGUCCAUCUCGGCGCUCAUCAACCAUGCCCUCAAGAAAUACCUGGAUAUGGACACCGAUGUCACAGGUUAUGUCAAGCCCGCUGUUGAGUAUGUGAAGCAAACAUUCAAAAUGGCCGAAGCUGCGUCACAGAAGCUGGCCAGCAGAAGCGACUACAACGCGAUAGCGGACCGAGUGACAGACACCCUCAACCUGGAGGUCAUUGAACCCGUGCUGAGGGUCUACCGUGCGUACCAGCACUCGCUGCGCGCGCCGCACUGCCAGGAACAUCUCAUGUGUCUUGUUAAUAAGCAUCAUGAUCAGGAUAAGCAAGGUCUUCCGGGCUUCAAGGCAGGCUUGACCAAGUUCAGCAGUAUGAUCGCAUCUGCGGCUCUCAGCUUCCAAAACGGGAAGGGAUUCUGGGACCUGUACAACGCCAUACAGAGCGAUGUUAAUUGUGAGGCUGCAUACCCGGCAGACUGCGCCGCGUUCCACGAACAUGAAUUGAAAGUGACGACUGAAGUGUACCACAGCGAGUUAUAGACAUAAAUAGUAUAUUAGUAGGUACGUAACACUUCUAGAAAGUACAUAAGAAUAUCGUGGAAUAUAUCUACGUAUUUGGGUAGAUCUUCGAACACCGCUGCUCAUGCUAAUUACCGUUGACGCACAAUUAAUAUCCUAUUGUCUUUUUGCAAAUAUUCAAUUAGAACUUACUAUAAAUUGGUGACACAUAAGAUCCAACUGGAUAUUUGCAAAAAUAGAAAAGAUUCUUGGAUAUUUCAUUUAGGAUAUUUAGGAUAGUAACGGUUUUGAUUUGUGACGUUCGAAGAACUACCCAUUUAGAAGACAUUUUAAGAAGUUACGACUAGUGGUCGAAUCAUUUUGAAAAAAAAAUCUAGGUUUCCCGCUAAAAUAUAAUUGUUUCAAUUAUUAUAAUCGAGUUUAUUGUAGUUUUAAUAAUAAAUAAUAUAUUUUCUAUUUAUUUAUUUUUAAUAUUGAAAAAUAUUAUAGACCCCGAAAGAAACUGAGUUACACUUACUUAACUAAAUAAAUACAAUAUCGUCCCUUAGCUUACAACACCGCUUAAGUCAUUUUUACCAACUUUACAGGAGACGAAAAAAAAUGUCUUAUUUAAAAUAUCAAAUAAUAAAAUAAAUAAUAAAUAUUUCUGUAAUAAUAAUAUUUAGGUCUGUGUAAAUAAAUAAAUAAAUAAAUAAAUAAAUAAAUAAAUAAAUAAAUAAAUAAAUAAAUAAUCUGUAGAUUUUUUUAUUGCUACUUAAUACAUACUCUAGUUAGCGGUUAAUAAAUAAUUAUUUAUAAGUACUUAUUUUGACGAUUUACUUUAUUUUAACCUUUAUUUUCUUCUUCAUCCAAUGAAAUGUAAAAACCGCCAAUUUUCGACUUGAGCGGUGUUGUAAGCUAAGGGACGAUAUUUAAUUUUAUUAGUUAGUAUUAAAAUAUCGUGAUGUUUCGAUUUUAACUUUUGUAUUUUUAAGUAGAUGAAAAGUAUUUUAUUUUUUAUCUAGAACUAUAAGCUUAGUAAAAUAAUCAUUUUUAAUUUUAUUUAGACCCAUCGCAUUUCACAUAAUCUUUUAGGGAUUUAUUUUAAAAAUAGAAUUUUGUCAUAUUAUAAAUUACAUUUUUGAUAAAAAACUUAUAGUUUUUCAAAUUAAUGUAGACCGUACCAAGAAUGUAAUUUUCAUAAUCAUUUUUAAAAUGUAACUUAUUCAUAAUAAUGAAUAACGCAUUGUAUAGAAAAUAAUAUUAGUUUAAUUAUUUAAGUAUUGCUGGACAUUUUGGUGCUAAGGAUUAUUCAUUUUGCAUUUUAUUGUGCAUAAUAAUUUUCGAUUUUGGAAUCUCUAUACCUACUUACAUUGUCUUCUUUCAAAAUAUCCUCCCUUUAACAUAUUUGAUAAAUAUUGUAUAUACUUUUAAAUUUGUUUUUUUUUUUCACUUACAUACGGAUUCUGAGAUGUUCACUCGACUCUGCCUCAGCUUACCAUUCUGGUACUUGAAGUUGUCAUUUAAAUACGUCCUCGACUUGAGGACUUUACUGACUGGAGUCGAGAAUAUUAUACUGCCAACAUAAUAAUACGAAAAUAAUGACGUCAUGCCUUACUGGAUUACACUUGAGGUAAGGUUGAGGAGUCAUCUAAGAAUACCGAUUUUGAGGCGAGGAAGACCUUGGGUCGCCUCAACUGAGGACUUAGUCGAAGAAGGUUGGUGUUAACAUCUUAGAAUACGGAUAUUGGUUUUAAUCUGGUUGUGAAUGUGAAAGACAUUGUGUAAAUAUUUGAAAAAUGAACUCAACAGACCUUGCUGUGCUUUCUUUGGCUUCGGUCUGUGAAUCUUUCGGUCUGUGAAACUUUCGGUCUGUGAAACUUUCGGUCUGUGAAACUUUCGGUCUGUGAAUCUUUCGGUCUGUGAAACUUUCGGUCUGUGAAUCUUUCGGUCUGUGAAUUAAUCAAUGAUAUUACAUUUGAAAAUAAAAGACUCCUUUGCAAA